UCUUCGGUGUCUCGCCAUUACCAAACUUCAAUCCCAUCUUACCUUCUACACGCUCCUCCUCUAAGCACCUUCUCUCUCUCUCUCUCCCUCUCUCUACGCAAUGGACGAAUCUGAUUCUCUGCAUAUCAUCGGGGAAGAAGAGAAUGGAGAUGAGUUCUACGAGAAGAUCGAGGCUCCGAAGUUCGUCGACCUCACCGCACCAGAUCCCUACCACCCCGGCGAUGAUCGCUACUGGUUCUGCUCGCGUUUUGGCUGUGACCAGAAGCAUGAAGAAGAAAUGGACUCCGAAGCAAUCUACAGAAAUUUUGUUCUUCGGGUUAUGGCUGCAAGAAGUCCCAAUGUACGGCUUCGAAAAGCACUGUAUAGAAAGGAUUCAGGUACCCAACUCAAAUGUCCGCGGACAGUUCCUGCAAAACAUUCGAGGUCUAGAGUAUCAAGAAUGGCCCUGAUUUCUUCAAUAUCUAAAAGGAUAGUUGAUCCUAAAGUGAAAGUGAAGCCCCUUUCUAAGCAAAGUGCAACACCAAAUGCAAAGACAAAGCAGUCUUCUUCUGUAGCCAAGGCUUUGACUACUCAGAGGACGAAAAAGAAGCUAUCAAAUCCAGAUGCAUUUCGGAGCGUUAGAAACACGAAAACAACAGCUGUUGCAGUACCAAAGAAUAGAGUAGUAGCCAAGACUUUGGUAUUUCAUUCACCUAUGAAGUCGGUGAGAAUAAAGAGUUCGUUAGAAUUGAAUUCACCCGUAAGGAAAUUGUGUGCUGGGAUGAAGAAACUUGAGAUCACUAGCGCAAAAAAGCAAGUGUUGGGAUAUCCUCGGCUGUUGCCUCCUGAUGCUGCUAAAAAACAAUUGAGAGGAAGAGAGGUUAAGAGCAGAGUCUUUGAUGGGUUACGUUCUCAAAAUCACAAGGGUGUGGAAGCCAAAUCUUCUAAAUGUGUGAAGAAAAAUAAUAAGGAAAAGAACUUAGGGGUGUUUCGUAACUCUCUGCCUCAUGAAAAAGAUGAAAAUGAUUUCAGUGGUAAGGAGAUUGAGGACAAAAGGGAGAAUGGUUCUGAGGAAGUGUGCUCUACUUCUAAGAUCGAUGAAGGAAAUGUAAAUGAAGAGCCUUUAACUAUAGAAGUCUCAAAACCAUCAUUGGAUGAGAAUAAAGUUGAAGCUCCAUCAGAUGCUAUCAAUAGUGAUACCAACUCCCUGUCAAAUUCUGAAUGGCGGAGCCCAGAAGAUGAUGAUAAAAGGCAUAGUUCAACAUCUCAUGACAAGGAAAAUGAUAAUGAAGUAAUGGAAAAUGAUGAUAAGGAGAAUGCAUCAGCCUCUGAUGAUAACAGAGAAACGGAUCUAAAGACUAAUAACAUAGAACAUGACAUUCAAGGCAAGCAUGAGACACCCAAGGGCAAUCUAAAGCGCACUGAAGCAAAAAGUAAGCACUAUAAAGAAAGCUCCACAACUGCUGCCACCAGUGCUCAAGGGCUGAAGCAUAAAAAACCUAAGCCUACAAAUCCAAAGCCUUUCAGGCUAAGAACUGAUGAAAGGGGAAUUCUCAAGGAAGCAAAUCUGGAAAAGAAACUCUGUCCUGCACCUCUUGGUGAAAUCACACCAGUCCCAAGGGUAACAGGAGGAAACUCACAGAAAAAACAUCAAAAUACACUCAAGAAAAAUGGAAAGCUCCUUGAGCAAACGGAAAAUCACGACUCAUGUGAAGACAUCCAAAAGGAAACUAAUAGAGCACAGAGGGAUCAGUGUCUUGUGCAGCAAAAGGAGUCAUUUAGCUUGAAAAUUUCGAAAGAGAAGGUGGGACAAAAAAUAUCUUCAACUCCUCAGAGACAUACAAUUUCUUCUCAAAGGAAGCUUGUGGCUUCGAAGAAGGAACAUAACCACGAUAACUCAAGUCUAAAAUUGGGAAAUAGCUCGAGAAGGACCAAAUCAACAUGCAUCAGACAACUUGCUAGGACUCAAGGGUCCAUUGUGACAACAGGUCAAUUAGGCACAAUAAAGGAAACCUCACCAACAAUUUUAAAAGCCAAGGAAGCUGCACCAACCGAAAGUGGUGCUGAUGCUUCCCUGGUGACCAAAGGUCUCAUUUCUCCUGCUUCCAGGCCCUCAUUACAGGGGAAAAGGUUCAAAACCCUUCCAAAGGAACCAAACUUUCAUACUAUCCACGUGCCAAAGAGCUGCACCAAGGUUCAAAUUACCUGUUGAGUGUAACCCAUAUCUUCAUUGUCGUUCAAUUCAUUCAUUGAAUUAUAUCUUCUUUACAGCAAAUCCUGUGUUGUCUACAAAUUCUUUUAUCAGGCCACAUGAGGAAGUCCUAGGUCCAUUUUUUUGUAGCAAUUUUUAUAGUAUUCAUACUAUGAUUUGUAUUCCAUUGUAUAAACAAGAGAGGCUUGCUAUCAU